AUGUGUAAAAGUUCAACAGAUAACGAGGACUCUGCAAAAAAUGACAGCACACAGCUCCCUGCAGCCCUGUGGGAAGCCUUGUGCGUCGGACUCGUCGUCCUCACGCUCUGGCUCUCGAUCGGCGCCGCCGCAGCCCCAAGAGGCCCGGUCUUCGCGCUCGAGUGCGUCUUCGUCGCCGGCGUGCUCGGCGGCCGGCUCGUGUCGCUUAUCGCGAAGAAGACCGAGGUCCCGCUGCCGCCCCUGGUAGGGAUGCUCGGCGCCGGUAUUCUUUUGAGGAACGUGCCCUACCUGCGGACGUACGUGGGCGAGGCCGUCGACGCGGGCAGCUCGUCGGCGCUGCGGACGUGCGCCCUCGCGCUCAUUUUAGCAAGAGCGGGCCUAGGCCUGGACGCCGCCGCGCUGAAGCGCCUGCGGUGGGCCGCGGCGCGCCUCGCGGCCGUGCCCUGCCUCGUCGAGGCCGGGGUCGUCGCUGUGAUAGCGUCGCGGCCGUUUGUUUUUGACUUCCCGGCGGGGUGGGCGUGUCUCCUGGGCUUUGUGGUCGCCGCAGUGUCGCCGGCGGUCGUCGUGCCAUCGCUCCUAGCAUUGAGGGAUGCGGGCUACGGCACAGCGACGGGCAUCCCGACGCUGGUGGUCGCGGCCGCGGCGCUGGACGACGUGCUUUCUUUAGCAGGUUUCGGGAUCUGCCUGCCCUUCGCGGUAUCGUCGGCGGCGCGCCAGGGGGUCCUCCCGUCGACGGCCUGGGCCGCGGCGGUGCGCGCGCCGGUUGAAAUUGUUGCUGGAUUAUUUGGCGCGUGGCUCGGGUCGCUCGUGCUGCGCCGGUUCGUCGUCGAACGGCGGCCGUCCGCGCUGCGGGCCGCCUCAGCUUUAAUGCUCGUGGCGCUGGCACUGACCUUCUCGCUGAAGGCGCUCGGCUUUUCGGGCGCGGCGGCGCUCGCGGCUGUAUGGAAAUCAAAUUUCAGGCGCCCGACGCCAUCGACACUCCGCAACUCACUGGUUGAUUGCCACACAGGCUCGCGGCGCUCGCGCUCGCGUUUCUGGCAGGAUCUUCAUAUAAGGCCGCCGGGGGCGUCCUCGGCGAGCUGUGGUCGAGCGUGGCCCAGCCGCUCCUCUUCUCGCUGCUGGGGGCGGCCGUGGACCUGGAUGUAAUAAGGGGAAGGGACGCGGGCCUCGGCGUCGCUUUGAUCGUGAUCUCGGGCGCCUUCCGCUUCGCGGCGACGUCGAACGCCGUGCGCGGCUUUUCGUUGAAGCCGAAGGAGCGGUUGUUCGUGGCGCUCGCCUGGCUGCCCAAGGCGACGGUGCAGGCCGCCGUCGGGGCCGUCGCGCUCGACGCGGCGGACUCGUCCGGCGAGAAGGAAAGGGCGCGUGUCGUGCUGACCGUGGCCGUCCUGGCUAUUAUAUUGACUGCACCGGUCGGCGCAAUCGCUAUUUCUGUAGCGGGGCCGCGGCUGUUGACGAAGGAUGAGGUCGCCGAGGAGGCGCCGUCGCGGGUUUGAUGUUUUGUUUCAUAAGUCGUUGUUCAUAUAGUACUCGUCUUACUGUACCGACUACACACCACACGAAAACCUAAAGAACCGUAUCGCGCGGUUUAAGCUGAUGCCUAGUGUCUUACAGCAGCUAGCUCCAGCCUCUCACAGCCAUGGACCACUCUGUUGACGAAUGUCGCCGACGGAGCACUCGACGUCACGCCCAGCGACCGAACUUCCCGGCCGCGCGCCCCCUGAGCCUCUCUCACACAGGCCGCCGUUACCAUCUUCAACAACAUCUUUAACCGGGACCCCGCGGCGGUCGAGGAGCUGCGCCGGCGCCAGUCGCAGACGGCUAGGGCGCGGCUCGCCGCGCUGCCGCCGCUCGGACAGCUCUUGUUCCACGUGCAGCUGGGGAACUGCACGUUCCUGGGCGCGAUCGACGCGUGGAUCGCGCUCGGCGCGUCCGAUGACGCGACCGCGCGCGCCGCCGCGCGCGCCCUCGACGCGCUCGCGUGGCGCGUCGUGCACGCCGCGUCCCGCUCGUCAUCUUUAGCAGCCGGCGCCGUCGUCGCCGCCGUCGCGCGCGGCGCGGCCUCCGCGCCGGGGCUCCGGCUCGCCGUCGCCGACACGGGCGCCGCGCUCGCGCUCGCGCCGGCCGACGCCGUCGAGGCCCCUUCGUCCACGUUCGGUUUGGAGGCCGCGUCGCCGACGCCCGAGGUCGUGAUGACCGACGACUCCGCUUCGACGUCUGCCGGCGCCGCUUUAGAGGACGUCGCGCCCGCGCCGGCCGCCGCCGACAAUUCUGAGAGCGAUGACGAAGAGACCCUCGAAGUCAUGAGAGCGCGCGUGCAGCUGCGCCAGGACGAGGCGUCGUCGGACGACGACUCCGACGACGAGGACCAGGACUCCUUCCAGGCCAUCGCGCCGGACGCCGAGGCCGAGGACGUAGAGGAGGCAUUACAGAACGCCGAGUCGGAGGAGCUCGCGGUGUCGGCGUCCGAGCUAGCUGUUCUAGAGCGGUACCUCGCCGAGGCCGUCCGCGAGGACAUCUUUAUCCCAGGCCUCAGGGACGCGUGCAACACGAACAUGAGCAGCUUCGAGCACAUGCUGCUCGCCCUCCGACGACAUCAUCCAGACAAGGACCUCUCCACAUUAACGCUCCUCGCCAUCUUCGACACGGAAGACCCGUCCAUCAUCAACGCGAUCCCGCGGGACACCUACCUCGGCCGAGUCAACGACAGGAAGAGGGCGCUCGACCUGCCGCUCACGCCCAUCACUCCCAAGCCCAGCAAAUCGGAACUAGCAGAGCUCCGCGCCGCAGAGGACGCGACGCGUUCCGCGGAAGCAGAACGCCUUCAGGCUCUCGAGUCGAGGACGUUCAAAGAGCAGAAUCGCUUAAGCAGCAUCAGAACGUUGCAGAAGUAUCAAGCAGAACGAGAGGCCAACGACGGCAAGGUGCUGACGUUCCAGCUGCACGCCGGUUGUCCAGUAGCCUUCCCAAAACAAAACUGGUACCUAUACCUCUUCCGCCACUUAACAGCACACAAUCCAGGAACGACCCGGCAAGGGCCGACACCAUUGUCCCGGAAAUCAGUCUAUUUCCCCUCGCUGACGGCGUGCACGGCCUGCGAGGACUGGGUCCAGGAACUCGCCGAGGGAACCGCGUCCGUGGGGGUGCCAGGCGCCGGCUGGGCCCAUCCGCGCGACGGCGUUCUGAAAGUCGCGCGGGAGGUCCGGGCGGCGUUCCCGGACAUCACGUUCGGCGACGUCGACUUACAUGUGGCCGGCCCGUCGAAACGGGGGCCGUCCGCGGCGCCGGUGCGAAGCAGCAAGAGGGCGCGGCAGCCUCCCAAAUCGAGGGACGUCUAGGUUGUGGCCAGGGGCGCGCGCGCGGAACGCGGCGCCGGCGGUAAAAAAUGAAAAAAAAAAUUCGCGUCCAUCCGCCCGCCACCCUUCCCAUCGGUCCCGCCAGAGCUCUGGGACGCCACAAAAGGAAGUUCAGGUCGGCGCGUGGAGCAAUUCCCUCAACCAGCUCUGAAAGUCCGUCUCGCGCCGUAGCGCUACCUCUUUUCCGUUGAAGUGGUCCGCGGCGACUCGGCUAAUGUCCGCGGUCUCCGAGCAGCGCCAAUUCCAGCGUUCAGGGCGCACUCGGUCGCGUCGGAGAAGGCGUCGCGUCUCGAGCAGUAGUGAAUUCACUCUAUGAGGAGUGACUUCUCGUGCGUCUCGCGAGGCCAUUCAUUUUUAUUUUUGCGGCCGCACGUACGUGCACGUACGUGCGGCCUGUAGCGCUAUCGGCGCGUCAUGUUUUUUUUAUUGUCGGCCAUCCUGUGGCCGCGGCAGCAAUUUGCGGACUUCGCUGCGUUAGAGCGCAUGUAUGCGAACACACGCAGUGAUGAGACCGUACCAAAACUCUCUGCCCUGAACACACGCCGCGGCUAAGCC